AUGGAGGAGAAACAACUUAAGGGAGACCUGGUGGAGGUGGCGCAAAGCCUACGCGCCAAAUUCGAUGCUGAGAACGCCAAGGGUCCAUCCCGCGAAGGAGUUCAGCCCAAGGAGAUAUUCAUGAUACGCAGCAAAAGAAGUAGGGAGGAACAGCGAGGAGAGCAAAUCACUGUUAAGCCGCCCGUACGCGCGCUCACGUUCUCCAUACAGGAUCCUCGGCCAGACGGUUGGAAGGGCGACAACCCUCUGAUAAUACAGGCAUCCAUCAAAGACGUGACUAUCCACAGGGUCUAUGUCGACACCAGGAGCUCAGCAGACAUCAUCUAUGAGCAUUGUUUCCGGCUUCUCCCGGAUCGCUGGAAAGACAAUUUUCGACCUACGACGGGUAGGCUGGUGGGAUUCACCGGCCACAGCCUGUGGCCGUUGGGCACGAUCCACCUCCCCCUAACAAUCACUAGCCAUGAAAAGCAGCGGAAGAAGACCGCCCUGAUAGACUUUGUGGUCAUUCGACACUCAGCAGAACACAACAUCAUCUUGGGAAGGACCGCCCUCUUGAAGCUAGGGGCCGUACCUUCAACCAUGCAUGGGAUCAUGAAAUUCGACACACCAAAGGGCAAAGCCACGGUUUUGGCCACUCCGCCCAGAGAAUUGCGGUGCUAUACGGUUAUGCAGCCAGUAGAAAUAACCAAAGGGCCCAAGAGGCCCAGGGGCAAUCCGGAAAAAGGGAAGGAGGUAAUUAAUGAGGGAUAUCCCGAUCAGCCGAUCGAUGUUGGAAGCGACCUCCUAAGCCACACGAGAAGAGCGCUGGUUGACCUGCUCAAACGCUACAAACAUGUAUUUGCUUGGACCCCCACAUAUAUGGUGGGGGUAGAAAGGAAGGUCAUCGAACAUAAGCUGAUGAUCAAACUGGGGGUAAAAGAGGUUAAGAAGAAUAAAAGGGUACAAGGAGGAGACCGUAACAGGGCGAUCAAUGCAGAAGUGUCUAAGCUGACGGAGGCCGGAAUAGUAAGGGAGGCGACGUUCCCAACAUGGAUCGCAAACCCAGUUAUGGUCCGUAAACAGGAUGGGUCGUGGCGCAUGUGUAUCGACUUUUCUAAUCUAAACAAGGCAUGCCCUAAAGAUUGCUACCCACUCCCGGAAAUCGAUCAGAAAGUAGAGUCGCUACAGGGAUACAAGCUAAAAUGCUUCUUGGACGCAUACAAAGGGUAUCACCAAAUAUUGAUGAGCAAAGAAGACGAAGAGAAAACAGCCUUCUAUACAGACCAUGGCACGUUCUGCUCCACCAAGAUGCCUUUCGGGUUAAAGAACGCAGGGGCGACAUACCAACGGCUAGUUGACUCGAUAUUCGCCAAGCAAAUUGGAAGGAAUAUUGAGGUAUAUGUAGAUGAUAUGGUGAUCAAGAGCCCAAAUGAAGAAAAAAUGCUGCAAGACAUCGAAGAGACUUUCAAAACAUUAGAGGUAACCAAGAUGAAACUAAACCCAGCCAAAUGCACGUUUGGAGUGGAAGAGGGGCAAUUCUUGGGUUACUAUGUUACUAGACAAGGCGUCCAACCUAGCCCGAUCAAGGUCGAUGAGUUCAUCGAGACGCCAACCCCAAACUCUCUUAGAGAUGCACAAGGUCUGAACGGGAAGCUCACAGCUCUAAGUAGGUUCAUCUCAAAAUCUGCCGACAAGGCUAUGCCACUGUUCCACACCUUAAAGGGAUGCAUCGAGAAAAACAAUUUCCAAUGGACGAAUGAAGCUGAAAAGGCGCUCCAGAGAAUCAAGGAGGCACUGCACAAGCUGCCGACACUGGCAACCCCCAUCCCGGGAGAAACAUUACAAGUGUAUCUAUCGACGUCAGGUGAAGCGAUAUCAUCGGUAUUGGCUGUGGAAAGGAAAGGAGAGCAGAGACCGAUAUACUUUGUUAGCAGAGCGCUGCAAGGACCAGAACUCAAUUAUCCCACGUUGGAAAAAUUGGUGCUGGCACUCAUUUACGCUGCGAGACGAUUAAGGCGAUACUUCCAGAUCUUGCUUAAGCCGGAGACGUCGGGUCGGCUGGCCAAGUGGGCAAUUGAACUAGGAGAGCAUGACAUAAACUACCGCCCAAGAACAAGUAUCAAAGGGCAGGCGUUGGCUGAUUUCUUACUAGAAAUUCUUGACGGAGGGAACCCGGCGAAAGAAAAGGUGUGGGUAGUUGAAAAGGCCCCUACCGACGAUGGUUCAUGGACCCUAUACACGGAUGGAGCGUCCAGCAGGGAAGGCUCAGGGGCGGGGAUGAUCCUGAAUAGUCCAGAAGGAGAAGAGGUAACCUACGCCCUCCGUUUCGACUUCCAUACAUCGAACAACGAGGCAGAGUAUGAGGCACUGCUCGCAGGAUUGCGACUCGCCAAACAGAUGGGUGCGAAAGCUGUAAUAGCACUAACCGACUCAAGGUUAGCAGCGAACCAAGUCAAUGGGAGUUUUGAGGUAAGAGACCAAAGAAUGGGAAGGUAUGUAAAGAUGGUAAAGCAACUGGUAGGGUCAUUCGGCCAAUUUACAAUCAAGCAGAUACCCAGAAGUGAGAAUAAAAGGGCAGACGCUUUGAGCAAGCUAGCGUCCACUUGUUUCAACCACCUGUCAAAGAAAGUUUUAGUGGAGGUGCUCCGGGAGAGAAGCAUUGAUGAACAGCAGGUGAACAUCCUGACACCCGCAGGACCCACAUGGAUGACGUCGUUCCGGGAAUACCUCCAGAGAGGGGUGUUGCCAGACGACCAUGACGAAGCCAGAAAAAUACGUAUAAAGGUGCCCUCAUAUGCAAUGGUGAACGGGGAGUUGUACAAGAAGGGGUUCACGUCUCCAUGGCUAAAAUGUUUAGAUCAAGCCAAGUGGAGAGAGAUAUUGCAGGAAGCACACUCAGGGCAGGUAGGCGCACACGAAGGAGCGAGGCUUUGA